AUGGUUGAUCAGGGCAUGGAUUCGAGCAUGGCCGAUGACAACAUUGGUUUCGGUGGAUGGCCGACCAGCACGGGUCUUCCUCGGUGGGUUCACCGAUCCCCGUUUCAUAUCUUACAAAAUGACUAUCCGAGAAGUCCCCCAACCCAACUAUGUUCUGGCUCUCAUCUAGGGCCAGCAGGUCAAAGCUUUGGGAAACUGCAUCUGUCCACCUCUAGAAGGCCACUCACUGUUCAAGCUUCAUACAGUGAUGGUGGAAGGUCAAGCAGUUCAAGCGCCUUUGUUGGAGGUUUUGUUUUGGGAGGGCUUGUGGUUGGUGCUCUCGGUUGUGUGUUUGCUCCUCAGAUCAGCAAGGCACUAGCUGUAGCUGAUAGUAAGGACCUAAUGAUGAGACUGCCGAAAUUCAUAUUCGAUGAAGAAAAAGCUUUGGAGAAAACAAGGAAGGUGCUGACCAAGAAGAUUGCUCAGCUGAACGCUGCUAUUGAUGAUGUUUCUGGUCAGCUUAGAUCCGAAGAUUCCCCAAAUGGAGUUGCUGUAAACUCUGAUGAAAUUGAAGCUGCCAUUUGAAUUGUCUUGCCGUUCACAUCGCAGUUUAACUGGUUUGUUAUUAAGAAAUAAUAGGGAAUUCGUUGUAUUUGUACUGUUUUCUCCACAAAAAGUGUAACUCUGUCUUCUUUAUAUGUGGUGGUUAUUGCAAUAU